UAGGGCUAAGGAUAAACUGGGAGAACUAGCUCUAAGCCGCAGCCCUGCUCUCAGUGAGCGACUACGGCUGCGCGGACAGGCAGGGCUCAGCCGCUUCCGGGAUGGUCGGGAGCCAACGAGACUUCGAGCCUCCGGGUGGGCUAGAGCGGCGCGACAUUCAGGUGUGUGCGGCCAUGGAGGACGAGAAGAGCUUCUCGGACAUCUGCGGCGGCCGCCUAGCCCUGCGGCGCCGCUACUACUCACCGUACUGCCGCGAGUUCGGCCUCAGCUCGGCUCGGCUGUCGCUGUGCUCGCUCACCGCAGUCACCUGCGCGGUGUGGCUGGCGGCCUACGGGCUCUUCACCCUGUGCGAGAAUAGCAUGGUCCUCUCUGCCACCAUCUUCAUCACCAUCUUAGGCCUGCUUGGUUACCUCCAUUUUGUGAAGAUUGACCAGGAGACUCUACUAAUCAUCGACUCACUUGGCAUCCAGAUGACGUCAUCUUACGCAUCGGGCAAAGAAAGUACCACCUUCAUAGAGAUGGACAAGGUCAAGGACAUUAUCAUUAACGAGGCUAUCUACAUGAAGGUCAUUUACUACCUCUGCAUUUUACUGAAGGAGCCAGGGAAGCCACACGAGAUCUCUCAAGUAGUUCCUGUCUUCCAGAGUGCCAAGCCCCGGUUGGACUGCUUGAUUGAAGUAUACAGAAGCUGCCAGGAGGUUCUGGCACACCAGAAAGCCACAGCAACAAGCUUAUGAGGCUCAGCAUUCAAAGGCCAGUAUUGUCUUUAUGGAGAGGACUCCUAGACUGUAGUGGCCGGUUUAUUUUCCAUACUGUAAAAACCAUCAGGACACAGUCCCGGAAAUCAGAAUGGAUGAGUAGAUCUCAGAACCACAGAGGAGGGGCUGGAACUUGAUUCAUGUUCAUGUGUCAUAAUGUUCCCUGUAUAAUACAGUUUUUUCUAUACUACUAAUCAAGGGGAGACCUUAAGGAUUUGACAUGUCAAAAGAAGGUCAGGCAUAGUGGCACAUGCCUUUAGUCCCAGCACUCAAGAGGCAGAGCAGGUUAUCUCUUGAGUUUAAGGCCAUUCUGGGCUACAUAGUGAGUAUCCUCCACCCAAAAGUAUUGUCCAAAAAGAACACUGAAAACUUUAAGGACCUUCAUGUUUGUGUUAAAAUCUGUGAAGUAUUAAGACUGGUACCAGAUUUCACAAGAAAAAUGUAACUUCCAUCUGUAUAGACUCUUGUCUAAAAGUUAGGGAAAAUAAGUCACAUUUUUAUGUAUGAGUUAGCAGGAAUAAAACGCCUACAAAGGGCUAGCCUCUACCCACCCAGCUCCUAAGAUCUGUGCAGGAUCAUGACUCCUUCAUCCACAAUUUAGCUAGAGAUGGUGUGGAUGCUUGUAAUCCCAGCUCUCAGAAGCUGUCAACAGGAGGAUUGAAAGUUUGAGGCCAGCCUGGGCUACGUGAUGAGACACUGUCUCAAACCCCAAGAUAAAUAAAUAUCCACAACACAAUUAUUGUCUGGUUCACCGACAGUCUUUUAUUGACAAACAUACAUAGCAUUUCAGCCAUGGGUGUCAAGCAUAUGAGUACCUUUCUGUUACUUAGUAUUUUCUAUUGCUCAAAAGCUGUUUGGCUAAGAGGGCUUAGGUGAAGAGUGAGAGAUUAAAUGUUGGUUCCAGACAUGAGCCUGUCACAUUAAAGGAUGAAGAAGCCAGUUUACAGAAGCCUUUGUUUCAGAGGUGGUUCUUAGAUUUGAAAGAUCAGGAAGGAGAAAAGGAGCUGGACUGGGCGGAACUCGCCUUUAAUCCCAGCACUUCAGAGGCAGAGGCAGGCAGAUC